AUUUCGUAUCCUUUAACCACGUGCCCCUACAAAGGCAAUGUUACCGGUUCUUAAAAGAUCCAUUAAGAGUUGCAGGGAGAUUUCAUCUCUUUUGGGGGCUAAAUUUCCUUCUGUGUCUCGCUUCACUACUACAGAGGCAGAGCCUCCUCCUAAUGAAGAACUAGAAGCUCCUCCUAUUAAUGCCCAGCCUAUUGUUUUAGAAAAAACCAGUCCUACAGAAGAAGAGCUAAAGAAUGAAGAGCCGUGGAUGCAGGAAGAAAUUAUAGCAUAUUACAGGAGCAAGAAUAUUCUGGCUAAAAUGAUGGGGCGUGAUCCCGAAACUUUUAGUCAAGAGGAUGUUCAGAAAGCAAUACGUUACUUGUUACCGUCUUCAUUGUUUGAUAAAAAGGCUAGGCCAUUUCUAAAGCAUCCUUCUGAAAUAUAUCCCAAAAGAAUAGAAUCUUCGUUUGAUGCCAAUAACAGGCCAAUUGAGGCCAGUUUCUACUCUGGUUCUCCCUGCUAUGAUGCUUUGGUACACAAGAUUUAUAUCGAAGAGAAUAAACUUGAUAAAAGGAAAGCCAGAUCAGAAUCUGUUCCCAGUCAGCCACUCAAGUGGAUAGAGAAGGAUAAACUACAAAACAAAAUAGAAGAAGAACUAACUGAUGAACAAUACCAGGACAUAAUCAAUAAACUCAAGCCAUUAGCAGCCCAUCCUGAUAGCCACUUAAUAUCUGAUUUUCUUGACCAAUAUUGUAAACCAGUCCUUGACUACAGAGCAAAGGCUAAAAAAUAUGCUAUUAGUAAAUGUGGUUAUGCUCAUGCUAUGGGGCAUAGGAAGACAGCAGUAGCUGAAGUGUGGCUGAAGAAAGGAACUGGUGAAGUCACAAUCAAUAACAAACCUUUGCAAAAAUACUUUGGUUAUAUCACUCACAGACAGCAAGCUCUGUAUCCACUUGUUCUGACUAAACUAUUGGGACAGUUUGAUGUUAAAGCUCGUGUUCAUGGUGGCGGAGAAUCAGGAAGAGCUGGUGCUAUUAGACUGGGAAUCAGUCGGGCCCUCCUGGCAUUCCCUGGUGACCAUGGAGAGCUAUUAGAAGCAGAAAAUUUGCUAGUUCGUGAUCCAAGAAGAGUUGAGCGCAAGAAGCCAGGACAGAAGAAAGCAAGGAAGAAGUUUGCUUGGGUGAAGAGGUAGAAUGCUUGAUAUGUUAAACUGUUAGAAUGUCUUAUUGUGAAGUAAAUUAAGUCUGCAACCAUCUUUUAUUUUACAUGUUAUGAUACUAUAGUUAAUAUAUUUAA